AUCGAGGAAGCCGGCAAGCGCACACCGGUAAAGGUCCAGGGGCGCUUCGUGAGGAUAACGCCUGGUCAAAGUCCGGAUCGGUGCAAGGCCAGCCCACCAACGGCUCUAUGCUACCAAUUCGUAGGCUGAUGGCUGAUGCAGGCAGUGUUAUACAGACUCCUCGCGGAACCCCUCAGGGGCAUGACGCAAAGAGCCAUACUAGACUCGGGCUGCUUACAGCUUCCGGGCUAGCCACUUCGGCUCGUGGCCACUCUGGUGCACACGAGAACGAUACAAACCCACGACACCCACCAGUUCCGCAUGGUUACGGCCUAGGCGUAGGUCUUUCAUCCGGUAUUAGAACCAGUCACAUUGGACAUGGUAAACAUGACGGUCGCGGCAGUCAUGGUCCGAUGGAGCGCAACAUAGCUCGGUCAUAUUCUCAAGCUGGUCAAUGCCCGGCUCUAGUGCCUACAACAUUUGGUCACAUACCGAGUCCAUGAUAGAAGCCAUGAUAGCUGGUAUCGAUUGCCAACCAUACCUGCUUUCAAGGGUCUUGCGCUCGAGGUGGAACAACCAAGGGAGGAACGGAAACAAGGCACGAAAGCGCACAAGUCAAGCAUG